GCGCGAGGAGCGACUGUGUGUGUACUGUGUGUGUACUGUGUGUGACUGGACGGGAUAUUUCUCUGAACUGGUUCUCUGUGUUUGUACUGGACCUGUACUGGACCUGAAUUAAGAAACUACUGUUGCCAUGGAGCCCAGACAACAGGAGCUGUACUCUAGUGUUCUCAUUCCUGAAGCAGUAGACUGGGGUUUGUUGGAUAAAGAACCUCUAAAGGAAGUGGAUGAGGACAUGGUGUCAGAGGUGGACCUUAACAACACGAUGACAGACGAGGAGAGAGAAGAAAUGAUGAAUGAACUUACCAAGGUAGAGGAAGAAAUUGCUACUUUAAAACAAGUCCUGGCCUCCAAAGAAAAACAUUGUCUGGAAUUAAAAGAGACAUUGGGGCUCACACCCCUAAGUGAACUACGACAUAAUUUCAGCAAGAGCUGGCACGACAUGCAGACCAGCACAGCGUACAAAAAGACCUCUGAGAGUUUGAGCACAGCAGGACAGAAAACCUCAGCUGCCUUCAGCAACCUGGGCACUGCCAUCAGCAGAAGGUUUGAGGACAUGAGGUUACAUUCGAUUGGCUAUUCUAUACGGCAUUCAAUGAGCAUGCCUGCAAUGAGGAAUUCUCCUAGUUUCCGGUCAUUUGAGGAGAAAGUUGAAAGCACAGUCACAAACAUCAAGGUAAAAGUUGGAGGGGGUGCAGGCAGUUUUGAGGAGGUACUUUCAUCAGCAGCCAACGCCAGUGCCCAGAACACUCCUACUAACAACAUAGCAGACAACAGUGAGCCCACAUGUUAAAUGUGUCAACACAGUCUAACAGGUGGAACUCUGAUGCCCCCUACUGGUCGGGAGACCAAUGUGCAAAAAGUGUGGCCUGAAAAUAAUAGUUACCUUUCAGAUGUUACACAUAAAUAUUUGUGGAACACCUAUCCAAAAUAUUUCCUUACUUUUUUACAGAAGGAAAACCAAGUGGAUUACACUGUUACUGAAUAUAUACAUAUUUUUCAUACAACUGCCUUUAAUGCAGCUGUUAUGAGUGCCCUGCAAUACUUAUAUCAUUACUUUAUACUAAUGCAACAUAGUAAACACUGUAACAUAAUCCAAGACCAAAAAUAGGCAAUAUUAGGCAAAUUAUAUAAAAGAAUAUUUAACAAACUUGAUGUAAGUCCUUAUGCUGUUUGCAUAUAUGAAAUACUUAUAUUUUAUAUUGUGUAUUCCUGACAAUUAAAGCACAUGCAUGUUAACAAAUAGCAAUUUAUAAAUGUAUUUAUUUACGUUUUACUGCAAUUUUAAAGGUUAUGUCCUAAACUGUAUUGGCAACAAUGACUGUCGUUUACCAAAAAUGUAUAGCCUUAUGUUUCUACUCUCCUUCAUUGUGUGAAGAAAUUGACUUUGUUACAGAUUUAGCAAUGACAUUGUCUGAAAUUAAGUGUUUGUAAACAAGAUUUUAUAAUCUAAUACUUCUAAUACAUCAAGGUUGAUCUACUGUUUGCAUAAUUUUUGUCAAUAAACCAUUAUUAUUA